AUGACGUCAGAAAAACGCGCUCUUUACGUAGCGGCAGUGUUCAUUCCGUCGCUAUAAUUUUUUUCCCUCGGUGAAGGAUUUGAGGCUACAAUCCAUCACCAUCAUGAAACUAGUCCGGUUUUUGAUGAAACUCAGCCAUGAGACGGUCACGAUCGAACUGAAAAAUGGCACCCAGGUCCACGGCACCAUCACAGGUGUUGAUGUCAGUAUGAACACUCACCUGAAAGCAGUCAAAAUGACCCUGAAGAACCGGGAGCCCACUCAGCUGGAGUCCCUGAGUAUCCGUGGAAACAACAUCCGGUACUUCAUCCUGCCCGACAGCCUCCCCCUGGACACGCUGCUCGUCGACAUCGAGCCAAAGAUCAAGUCCAAGAAGAGGGAAGCUGUGGCUGGACGGGGACGAGGCAGAGGACGUGGCCGUGGCAGAGGAAGGGGUCGAGGCCGAGGCGGCCCCAGGAGAUGAUCCUCAGGCUGCUUAUCGCUUCUCAUCCCACUGUUUGUACAGGAUUUUUUUUUUUCUGAGACAAAACGACUUUUGAAUUUCAGUGUGUUUUUCUUAUUUUGUACAUUAAAACGUUCCUGAAGAGGACGAAGUUGUU